AUGUGGAAAGCAAAUGCCAAGAGUGACUGCCAUCUUAGGGGUUCAUUCUUGGUCACUCAGGCUGUUGCUCAGGCUCUUGUAGCCUGUGGCGCACCCAAAGGAUCCAUCGUCACUGUGGGCAGCAUCGUGGGAAAGGUGGGAAACAUUGGACAGGCAAAUUACGCCGCUUCUAAAGCUGGAGUGGAGGGUUUAACCAGAACCGCUGCCAAAGAGCUCAGCAGGUUUGGGAUUAGGUGUAAUUGUGUGCUGCCAGGUUUCAUAUCGACUCCGAUGACGGAUAAAGUUCCAGAGAAAGUAAUUACCAAGAUGAAGUCCUUGGUGCCUCUGGGAAGAAUGGGUGAGCCUGCAGAGGUCGCUGAUGUCUGUGCCUUUCUAGCUUCAGAUGACUCUCGAUACAUCACAGGAGUCAGCAUGGAAGUGACAGGUGGACUUUUCAUGGGAUAAAUCGGCUGUCUGUCACACUGAUAAAGACCGACGGCAGGCCAGUUCAUCAUAGUUGAUUUAAUUGUUGAAGUGAUUUUACUUUAUUCUCUGUUUAGUCAUACUUAGUGUUGAUGAUGCUCUACAAAUCUAAUGUGAACAUGCACUGUACUGGAUGAUACCACACUUUGUGCCAAUAAACAGUUUGCUGUUUGUAAUAUUUCUCUACAAACUGUUGCAUUUUGAUUUGAAAACUCAGAAUUAAAAACUUUUUUACUCAA